AUGGCGGUGCGCGCCGAGCAGAUCACCCUCCAUCGCGCCGGCCUGGCAGCGGCCGCCGCCCACCGGCGGAUGCUGGACUGCCUCCUGGUCUUCCCGUUCCACUCGGGCCUCACCGGUGCCGACCAGCUGCCCAGCAUGGUCCGGUUCCUCCAGGAGACGACGAACUGCGGCACAUUUGAUGCGUGGAGUCCGUUCUUGGCCUCCUUGGCUGAGGGUGUCGGGCAGUGGACGGAGGACGUUUUGCGGCGGCGUGCAGACAUCUGGGGCUUGCUGGCUUCGCUGGCGGUGCCCUCGCGAAGCUUCCUGCGCCUUAGUACGUACACCUUAGUUAGUUAG